AUGGCGGAAAACGAAAUCCAUAUCAUUGCGAGACUCGAAUUAUACCAUGAUCCUCCUGACGACGAUCCAUCUGGCGCCGAAGAAGCGGAUCACCUGAGAUGUACCAUUCCAGUCAUCAUAUCCCUCCCCAAGAAACCCAAAACAAACGAUCUAGUCAGCGCCACCGCUAAACUCAUAAGAGCCGGACGAUUCGGUCUCAAAAAAGAAAUUCAAGAUUCCUGGGGCUGUGCAAUGGAAGCAAAACAAGCAGAAGUUUGGAUUCAUUGGACUGGGAUCGAGGGAGGAGCUGAAACUAGGCCGUUAUUGAAUGCAGAUUUGCACGAUUGCUUGAAUGUCAUGAAGGACAGAGGAUGGAAGGAUUUCAUGACGGUGAAGUGUUUUAUGGUGAAACCUGAAGAUAACCCGGGGGUCUCAGAUGAGGAGGAGAGUCAGAGCAGCGGCAUCGAAAACACCCCAAGAAUCGAUCCUCCCAAUAAAUCAAAGAGGAAGCCCACGACAACACCAAAACCAAAGGAGGGAAAGAAGAGACGACGAACAGAAGAAGAGGAAGAGGAAGUUGACAGCGGAGAGGUUCGAGCGUCUUUUCCAACGAAGACAACGUUGUUGAGAACGCUUCCAAAGAAGCUAAAGCAGCUGAGCAGGGAAGCGACACCAGCGGCGAGAGAGGAGCCGGUAGAGAGCGAUGAGCCUCAAUCACCUCCUCAGAAAAAAUCAAAGUUGACCAAAACGAAGGCUACACCAGUGGCGAGCAAAGGUAAGAAGGAAAAGACCCUGGUGGUCAGCAGCAAGAAGGGUCCGAAAGGGGAUGACGGGAAGAAUUCGAAUAGGCCAAGCAGUUCUCGGUAG